CUUAUAAAAAUGGAAGAUAAGAGCUUCAGCAUCUACAGGAUGUCCACCCUCGGUAUCAAGCUCAAGGAGACCCUUGACGAGAUGAUGCAGGCCAGAGAGAUCACUCAAGAAAUAUAUGACAAGGUGCAAUAGAGGAAUUUGAUAAAACCGUCUGUGAGAAAUUUGAGGAUAAAGAACUCUGGAAAGAAGCCCGAGGCGGCAGGAAAAAGACUAUCAAUGGCAUUCAUCUAAACCAUAACCAUGUUGACAGUAUCUGGCAGUUUACGUUGAAAGAUGCUCGGAUUCAAAUGAAGCCUCAGCAGGUUGAGCAUUCAAAUAUGAUUCAGAUUGUCGCUAUUGAUGCUGAUCUUAACCCCUAUGUUGACAAGAACUGUAGUGACCCAACCACUAGGGGGAAUGCUAAUAGUAGAAGGAGAAGGAAUAAGCACUAAGUCUACUAAAAUAGCACACAUAAAAUUCCUUUACAGGUUAAAUUCAGGCCAUUUUUUGGAAUUUUUUCAAUUGUUUUAG